GCUGUUUCAAGACCAUAAGCGAUCAAAUAUAUAAUUUAGCAGAAUGAGUCUCCAGAAUUAUGUUGUAGUCUUGCUGUUGUGUAUUUCAACUUUGCACGCAUCUUCAAAUUGCGAAAGGUUUUCUGAAUUUCAUUGCCGAGAAGAUUGCCAAUGGAGUAAGGAACUUAACCAAUGUCAUGACUGUCUGACUGGUUUUUAUGGAACCAAUUGUUCAAGACCAUGCAGGUAUCCAAAUUAUGGAACAAACUGUCAACAGGAUUGUUCACACUGUGAACGUCUUCAGUGCAAUGCAACAUUCGGCUGUUUGACAACUAGUACUGAUGCACCAUUUAAUCAGGGCUCCUUUGGCCUUGAUAUUGUCAUUAUUGGAUUUAUAGCGUCUGGGUUUUUUGUCAUAUUUGUUUCCAUAACCUGCAUAUUCCUUGGAAGAAGGUUAAAAAAGUAAUCGAGUGUUUAUCUUACAUAUUCUUUUUCAAAUAAGAGUUUGAUUGAAAUAAGUUGUAUCAAGAAGGUUAAAUAUAAUUGGGAAAACAUUCAUUGUGAAAACCAAAGUUAAAUUGUAAAAAGUAAUAAAAUUGUGAUAAAGUUGCUUGUUUACAAUUACUCCUUUAUAUGUAUACGUUUUAUCUAACAAGUGUAAUGCUAGUACACCUAUGUUUACUCUUUCCAUCCGUGUAAUUAUUAGGUUUUGCUAUUAUAGAAUUUACAAUAUACAUAUUAUUUUAAGAAGUUAAAUAUUGAAUAGACAAUCCAACUACAAACAAUAGAAUUAGAUAACAUUCUUAAAAAAGACACUUUUUAUGACUUUUCUAAAGAGUUUUAUGUCUUUAAUGGAUUUCCUUAAGAUGACAUCGGACCUUCUAAAACUGAAUCAAGAUGAGAAAGAAUCAAUAAUCUUCACAAGGCUGCAUCACAAGCGGCUGUUUAUCAUGUUUAUCAUAAGAACACUGUUACAUAAACAAUUUGUAGAUGCUUGGGUAUUUUGAAUAUUCUUUGAAAUCAACCAUUGCUACAUACACAAGUGAUAAAAUAUGACCUAAUUGCAUUUUUGAUACAUUGUUUUUUUUGUGUUUUUUUUAAAUUAGGGAUAUUUGUUGUAAUUCAAAGAAAAAGUAGUUCAAUCAGACAGAGUUAUGGAGGAACAAUGCGCGGAUCCAGAUUUUUUUUGGAAGAGGCUAAGGAUUACCCGUGCUGCCUGAGUUUGUUAUAUUGUGUGAAUUCAAGAAAUUUGAAUUUUGCAGUAGUGGAGGGUAGGGGGGUUCCGAACCCCUGCCUUCAGAUCCUAGACUGGUACAUGUAUACAAGUGAUUGUUACUGUAGUACAUAUAAGUUCUGAAAUGCGCUUGCGUUUGGUUUGCCCCACAAGUCCGCAAAAUUAGAAAAAAGUAAAACCUACUUGUCUAACAUGUAAAUCACCAACAGAAUAUGUCUAAAACAAAAGUUAUGAUGCAGUGUUAACCAGCACUUUCAUUGCAAUCUUUCUGUUCAAUACAAGAUUAUAUCUAUUUAAAAUACAAAAUGUAAUGUUGUUAAAUGUCCUGUUAGCUGAUCACAAUUUAUUUUACCUCUUAAAAUGUCUAGAUAAACAUUGAGGUAUCCUUUAUAUUUAUAACAGUUCGUAUUAACUACAGCAUUUUUUAAAAAUUCAGUCCAUCCAAAUAUUCUUCUUUUUUAAAGCUAAUAAGGGAAAGCUAUUUAGACUUCAAGCUGUGACUGGAGAAGAUGAAACUCCACUGCUGACUUCAGCAUCAGUGUUUGCCCAACGUAUAUUCAUAUGUACUGUGCGAUUAUAUUUCUAAAGUAAUUAGGUGACAUCGUUGACAUGGUAUGUUACUAU